UGGAUUGUUUUGUAUUCAUCAUGAUUGAACUCUGUAUAAUUGAACCGGAAGUAGAUCUAAUUACUAAUAACGUGCCCGUGUUUUCUUGUUCAGCUUUAGCAGUAUAGAUCUACAGUUUGUUGACUGUUUCUAGAAGGAAUUCAAGCUUCUUUAGAAAUUAGACUCUAGAUAUAGAUCUGACUACGUUUUAGAUUGACAGAAACUAACAAAAUUCUAAGAAUGUCUGGAACAGCAGACCCAGAACGUUUUGAUGGAAUGCUUUUAGCGAUGGCUCAACAGUGUGAAGGGGGUGUUCAGGAGCUUCUUGAUGUAUUUUUUGGAUUCCUUGCAAGAAAAACAGAUUUUUACACAGGAGCUGGUGUUGAUCCAGCUAUGAAGAUGGUGAUUGCUAAAUUUGAGCAACAUGAAAAGCUUGUUGCUGAAAGACUGAAAAAGGAAAAAGAGGAGAAAGAGGCAGAAGAGAAAAGAAGGAAGGAAAGAAUUGCUAAGAAGAAAGCUGAAGAAGAAAAAGAAAGAAGUAAAGUAGAAGAAGAACCAAAGAUUAAAGAAUUAACAGAGGAAGAGGCGGAACAAUUAGAACAAGAUUUGAAAAAGGAAAAAGAAAAUAGCUCUUCGAACAUUGCUAAUGGAACUGGGGAUGUAGAAAGCAAACUUGAAAAGGCAGCCAGUGAUGAUGAAGAAGAAGAUGAAAAAGACAAAGGUAAACUGAAACCAAACGUUGGCAAUGGUGCAGACAUGGCCAACUACUCCUGGACUCAAACCUUGCAAGAAGUAGAGAUCAAAGUUCCAUUCCAAGUUGGCUUCCCACUCAAGAGUAGAGAUUUGGUUGUCAAUAUUGAGAAGAAGAAACUCUGUGUCGGUCUAAAAGGUCAUCCUCCUGUAAUAAAUGGUACGAUGUACAAUGAGGUCAAGGUAGAUGAGUCAACAUGGUGCAUCGUGGAUAGUAAAAUGUUACUAAUUAACUUGGAAAAGGUGAAUCAGAUGGAGUGGUGGAGUAGAAUUGUGACAACUGAACCAGAAAUAAACACAAAGAAAGUUCAGCCUGAAAAUUCCAAAUUAUCAGAUUUAGAUGGUGAGACACGUUCCAUGGUGGAAAAAAUGAUGUAUGAUCAGAGACAAAAGGAACUUGGUCUGCCAACGUCCGAUGAACAGAAGAAACAGGAUGUUUUGAAAAAAUUCAUGGAGCAACAUCCCGAAAUGGACUUCUCCAAAUGCAAGUUUUCAUAGGCGCUCAACUCUUUUGGUGUAUGUCUUUGUGGUGGUUUGUUUUCGACUGAGACGGGUGAUAUUUUUGGUUGGAUGACCUUUGGGAUUAGUAUAGUGUCAUCUUGAUUUUAACUAUUGCAAUUCAUUUACCAGUACUUCUUCUUCUAAAAAAAUGUUACAAAUUAAAAACCUUAUUAGAAAUGCUUUUAAUGUUUUACUACAUGGACUGAAGAAGUGUCGUUUCUUUUUAUGUUUUGCAUACAUUUGUAGCUCAAAUCAUCAAUUGAAUUAUACUGUUGUCAGUAUUCUGAAAUGCUUUUCUUUUAAAACCUAUACGCUGUUAUAGUUGACACGGCAGUGUUUCUUGAUUGAGACAUUUUGAUUUCUUCCAUACAUUUGAUAGCAUCAUGUUAUUUCAUUAUACUGUCCCAUGUCAUGCUGUUCUGAAAGUAGAGCGGUUGAUUUGUUGCAAAUUUUUUUAUAGUAACAUUUUUAAUCAUGAAAAUAAAUUUGGUUUUAUCAUCA